AUAUAUAUAUACAGACAAUUAAGCCCAAAUGGCAAAUCAGGGCAACGAAAAACCAAAACAAUCAGACGACCAGAACAUUCGCUCAAUUCCCAUUUCAAGCUCUCAACUCCCACUCCGACUUUGAUCAAGCGAUUUCCAUGAAUCAUCAAGAGCAUUACGAUCGAGCGGCGGAGGUCAAGCGGUUCGAAGACUCGAAGCUCGGGGUAAAGGGUCUGGUCGACUCAGGCCUCGACUCAAUCCCUCGCUUCUUCAUCCACUCGCAGGACACCCUGUCCGACCUACGACCAGGGCGGCCAGGACCGGAUCUGAUCCCGACCAUCGACCUGUCCGGAGUUGAUUCCGACCGGCGCCCGGAUAUCGUUGAACAGAUAUCACUCGCCUGCCGGGAGCUGGGCUUCUAUCGGAUAGUCAACCAUGGGGUGCCCGUCGAGAUCCUGGACCGUACGAUCGGUGCGGUCAAGGCGUUCCACGAGCAACCGAUGGAGGAGAAGGCGCGGGUUUACAGAAGGGAGAUGGAAACGGGAGUUUCGUUCUUCUCCAAUGUUGACUUGUUUCAAUCCAAGGCGGCCAGCUGGAGGGACACACUACAGAUAAGGCUUGGCCCCACGCCCGCUGUCAUGGAACAAAUCCCGCAGGUGUGCCGGAGCGAGGUGGUCGAGUGGGACCGGCAUAUUCGGCAGCUUGGAUCGCUCUUGAUGGGGCUGCUGAGCCAAGGGCUGGGAUUGGAUGCGGGCAGGUUAGAAGAGCUCACGUGCUUGGGGACUAGGGUCAUGGUGGGCCACUUCUACCCCCACUGUCCCCAACCCGAUCUAACGGUCGGAAUUGCAUCUCAUACGGACCCAGGAGUGGUUACGGUGCUCUUGCAGGACCAGAUCGGAGGGCUUCAGGUCAAGUACGAAGAGGAGUGGUUGGACGUCAAGCCUGUCCCCGGAGCAUUGGUUAUCAACGUCGGGGACAUCUUUCAGAUUAUAUCCAACGACCAAUACAAAAGUGUGGAGCAUCGGGUGUUAGCAAACCCAUCAAAGGAUCCAAGAGUUUCAAUUGCGGUAUUUUGCAACCCAAGCAAUCGAGAGAAUUCAUUUGGGCCAUUGCCAGAACUACUCUCCCCUCAGAACCCUGCUCAAUUUCGGCAAUUCACAUUCGCUGACUACAUGAGGAGAUUCUUCACAAAGGAAUUAGAUGGCAAAUCCUUAGUGAACUACUACAGGGUUUAAACAGCAGGUGCCAAAAUCAGAAGACUUGAUUGCUUCUCUCUUUUUUGUGGGUUAAAUAUGAAAUAAGAACAGUUAAAUGUCGGAACUCUUAACGUGAAAAUGGAAAAUUUUAUGGUACGAUCAAGAAAGUAACCCAUGAAAUUCAUGUUG